GCUUCUGCAAUGCGGUGGGUGUGGUGAGAUAGUAAAUUGGAGAUGUGGACCUCUGCAGUGCCAGCGCUCCCUGUUUCCAGCUAAGCAUCCUCCUCCUCACUCCCAAAACCUCUAUAGUCCCUGACAGCUUCCUCCCCAUAGCUGCUCUUCACGGGACCUCUGUUGGGGGAAAAGCAAAUCUGAAAAACCAUCAUGACAUCAGAAACCGGAUCUGACUCUGAAUCAAAACAAGAUCAAGAUAAAGAUCAACGAGACGGAACACAGAAGAAGGUAGCAGCUGCUGGCCAACCAGGACAGGAAGCUGCCGAAGACCACCAGAACGCUGUAGAACAUUUUCCUGCAGCUGCAGCACACAGUACCCCACUAAAAAGUGAAAAGAACGGUGACAAAGACUGGGAUAAAGAGGCCGCUAUUGCAAAACAGCUAGAAUAUCAGCAAUUGGAAGACGACAAAGUCUCACAAAGAUCAGCUUCCAGCAAGCUUUCCAAGUCUCCUCUGAAAGUUGCAAAAAGACCUAAAAAUAUGCAAGCAAAAGUCAUCCUUCUUGAUGGGUCUGAAUACACAUGUGAGGUGGAGAAGCGAUCAAGAGGCCAACUUCUCUUUGACAAAGUAUGUGAACAUUUAAACCUCCUUGAAAAAGACUACUUUGGAUUAACAUACAGAGACUCAGAUAAUCAAAAGAAUUGGUUGGACCCUGCUAAAGAAAUUAAGAAGCAAAUUAGAAAUGGUCCCUGGCAAUUUUCAUUUAAUGUGAAAUUCUACCCACCUGAUCCUUCACAACUAUCAGAGGACAUAACCAGGUAUUACCUCUGCUUGCAGUUACGGGACGAUAUUAUAUAUGGACGCCUUCCCUGUUCAUUUGUUACCCUUGCACUGCUUGGCUCGUACACGGUGCAGUCAGAGCUGGGAGACUAUGAUCCCGAGGAGUACGGCAGUGACUAUGUCAGCGAAUUUCGUUUUGCACAAAACCAGACAAAAGAACUGGAAGACAAAGUAGUUGAGCUGCACAAAAGUUACAGGGGGAUGACACCAGCUGAAGCUGAAAUGCACUUCUUGGAAAAUGCCAAAAAACUGUCAAUGUAUGGAGUUGACUUACAUCAUGCUAAGGAUUCUGAAGGAGUUGAAAUAAUGCUGGGUGUUUGUGCCAGUGGUCUUUUGAUAUACCGUGACCGACUACGAAUAAAUAGAUUUGCUUGGCCAAAAGUUUUGAAAAUUUCAUAUAAAAGGAAUAAUUUUUACAUCAAAAUACGCCCAGGCGAGUUUGAACAAUUUGAGAGCACAAUUGGAUUUAAGCUACCAAACCAUCGAGCUGCAAAGCGUUUGUGGAAAGUUUGUGUUGAACAUCAUACAUUCUUUAGAUUGCUGUUACCAGAGGCUCCUCCCAAGAAAUUCCUUGCGUUGGGUUCCAAGUUCCGCUACAGUGGUAGGACGCAGGCUCAGACAAGAAGAGCCAGUGCACUCAUUGACCGCCCUGCCCCCUAUUUUGAGCGUUCUUCUAGCAAGCGGUAUACAAUGUCUCGAAGUUUAGAUGGAGCAUCAGUGAAUGAAAACCAUGACAUGUACAUGAAGGAUUCUAUGUCUGCCACAGAGGUGGGUACCGGGCCAUAUAUCACAGCAAAGGGCAUCUCUCAAACCAACUUGAUAACAACAGUAACACCAGAGAAAAAGGCUGAGGAAGAGAAAGAUGAGGAGGAAGAAAAGAAGAAGAAAGUAGAAGUGAUAACAACAGUAACUACUAUUCGCCACGAUACAAAGCCAUCUUGUUAUGAUACUGACUCAUCCCACUCCCUUCCUUACUCAUAUUCCAGCCCCCCAACAUCAUCAACAGAGUUGCGGAGGAGAUGCAAGGAGAACGGUCAAACAUCAGUAGGAAGUGAGCCAUAUUCAGAUAUGACUGAAAUGUCUAGUGAGUCUGAGUGGAACUCAGACCAAAAGGGCAUGUUCUACCCAGAUGAAGAAGAAAUAGCUUUAAGCUAUAAGCAGCAACCUGGCAAAGGCGGGACCCUAUUUUCCUUCUCCUUGCAUCUUCCAGAUUCAUUUCCUUCUCUUCUGGAUGAUGACGGCUACCUCUCCUUCCCUAACAUUUCUGAAACCAAUUUCCUGCCUGAAAGUUUACAACAUUAUCUUCCAAUCCGGUCCCCAUCUCUUGUUCCAUGCUUUCUUUUCAUCUUCUUCUUCCUCCUAUCUGCCUCUUUCUCUGUGCCAUAUGCCCUCACGCUCUCUUUUCCGUUGGCUAUGUGCCUCUGCUACCUGGAGCCCAAGGCGGUCUCCUUGAGUGCCUCACUUGACAAUGACCUGAGUGACAGUUCAGAUGAUGAGACUGACAGUGAACAGACGGAUACUGCGGCUGAUGGUGAAACUACUGCCACUGAGUCGGAUCAGGAGGAGGAUACCGAUGCGAAAACUCAGAAUAGUCUCAUUAAACGAAUACAGGGGGAAAAUGUAUAUGUCAAACAUAGUAAUCUUAUGUUAGAGGAGUUUGACAGAAAUCAAGAAGAAUUUAUGAAACACCACACUAACAUAAGUGAGCUUAAAAGGACAUUCUUGGAAACGGCAGCAGAUACAACAGCUGGGGGUGAAUGGGAGAAACGUCUUUCUACAUCUCCAGUGAGACUGGCUGUGAGACAAGAAGAAGCUCCAAUGAUUGAACCACUUGUGCCUGAAGAGACCAAAGAAGAAAGGGAGAAAUCUGAAAAACUUCUUGCGUUGGAGAGGGCUAGCUAUUCAAUGUUAGAAUCUCAGCCAGGGGACAUAGUGAAGAAGCUUCGGGAGGCAAGAGCCACCAGCCCUGUGGCUACUUCUCAUCAAAUCAUUAUGCAGAAAACUAUUCCAUCAUCCCCAGAGGGCACAGAGGAUUGGGUUAUUGUAGACAAAGUACCCACUAAGGUAGUUGAUGAUGACUCAAAAAACAUUGUGACUUACAAGGUGACUACUACCAUGAGCAGUGAAUCACCAUCUUCAACAUUUAAAACCAGUCCCUUUGGCAGUCAAAGACUGGAAGCCUUGAAAAUGGAAGUUAGAGCCAGAGAAGAGGAAAGCAGACAGAAAAUGUACACGUUAGGAAAGUCUUACGAUGCGGUUUCUGGUAAAAUUGUAACAAUGGCAGGCAAAACAAAAGAAGGGGAAAAGACCUUGCAGCCUUCAUCAUUUGAAAUCCUGCAAAAGCUUGAAAAAGAAGUUUCGGAAAAUGUGAAAAUAAUUCCUGUUACAGGAGAGUAUGAAAUUGUGGAAUCCAUUAGUGAUGACAAGGGAAGGAAGAUUCCAGAGGGACCAACCAUAAAACGGAAAUUGUCAGAGUCACUGGCGACCAUUAAAGAAGCAGACUCUCAGCUGGCUAGCCCGAUAGAAGAGAAUCUAAAGAAAGUCCAAGAUAUGAAUGUGGAAAUGAAAUUUAUUGAGAGUGGGAAAGUGGAGAAGGAUCUUACAUAUCAUGAUUACGAGAUCAUUAAAACAGAUGUUCCAGUAUGGAAAGAUAAAAAACUAUCUGAAUGGCGAUACACAAGAGACCAACCCUUUACCAUUGCAACUGCCCAUUAUGUUACUGAGUCAUCUGCGUCUAAAGUGGUGACCAAACAAUCAUCUGGUGAAAAAACCAUUGAAGGUUCAGAUAUCUACAGUUUAUUAGACUCUUCAAGAAAGCCAUCUGAGUUCAUAGGAGGGGUUACAACUACUUCACAAAACUGGGCUCAGAAAACAGAAUCACAAACAGAGUGGGAUUCCAGUGGCACCACAAUAGAGCAGAAGACAAAAGAAAAGGUUGUGCAGGGCAUAGUCACUGUGGAGGAGAACCAAGUGGGCAAUGUGCAUGCAAGCGUGAACGCUACUGAGCUGGCUGCAGUGCACUUGAAUGCAGCUUCUCAGGCAUUGACAGUCAGUGAUUCUAGCUUAAAAGGGGAUGAGUGCUCUGCAUUGACAAAAGAGGCUGAUAACGAUGAAGAUGUGACUGUUGGUGCUUCUGCUUGUUAUACGCACGAGGAGGAGCAUGGUGCAGAGAUUCAUGACUCAAAGUCAUUGGAUGGCAAGCCUCACGAGGAGUCACCUGUUGUGAAAACAGAGAUCAUCACUUUUGGCACUAUUGCUGAAGGAGAAAAGCCAGAGGUUUCCUCAAAGGAUGUACCAGUAGUACAUACAGAAACAAAAACCAUAACCUAUGAGUCAUCUGAGAUGGUCUCUCGUGCCGACAUGGACCCUGGUGUACUAAUGAGCGCUCAGACAAUCACUUCAGAAACUCUGGGCACAACAACUACUACACAUAUCACCAAAACUGUGAAAGGAGGCAUUUCCGAGACAAGAAUUGAAAAACGAAUAGUGAUAACAGGAGAUGCAGACAUUGACCAUGAUCAGGCGCUGGCUCAGGCAAUUAAAGAGGCCAAAGAGCAGCACCCUGACAUGUCAGUGACCAAAGUAGUGGUACAUAAAGAAACCGAAAUCACACCCGAUGAUGGGGAGGACUGACCGCAGCAGGACUAACAGAGCUUGGACACAAGCAGAUAAGUAAACAGGAAUCCAAGAGCCUAUGUGGAAUGGCAAACCUAAUCUGGCUCACCUCUGUCCUUGGAAAAUUCCAAUCUCCAAGACACCGGCAGACAUAUCUUCCCAUUAAAAGCAAUGCAAUUCAGCAUAAGUAAACCAGUAUUGCAUGAAGCAACUUUAAAAAAGGCAGCAUCUUUUAUUUUAAUUGUCUACGUUUCCAGUUAUACCUGCACGUUCACACAAGACAAUACUAUAUUAAGUGAACUUAUUAAUGCAUAUUCUGUUCAUGCCUUUCUUCUUGAAUUCUACAAAAACAAACUAAAUUUUGUUUCAUUGCAAGCCUUUGUUUACAAAAAAAAAACAACAAAAAUAAAUAAAAAUAAGAAAGAAACAAAGAAUAUCCUAAAAUGCUAGAAGCUGUGUAGGUACUGUGUAUAAUGUUUUACCACACCUUAUACGUGCCAAUAACUCACAUCAUUCAGUACACCACUUGAAUAUUGUAUUGUUUUAGCUGGUUUUAUUACUAUGACCCAACAAAAAAAAAAAGGUAAUUCCUUAAAUCUUGUGAAACUAUUUAAAUACUGAUAAAGUGUGUGUUAUAUAUCCAAUUUAAUAACAUAAGGGGUAGUAAUUAUUUUCAUAUUUUCUUGGAAUCGAGAUUGUUUUGUUUUUGUUAUAUUUUUGUUAGCUUUGUUGAGUUGGAUGCACCUGGCAUACAUAUAACACUCACAAAAAUUUAGAUGUGUACAAUGUAUGUGUUGUUCCUGAAAAAAAAAAAAACACUUGUGUUUUCUUAGUUGAACAAAUUGCAACACGAUUACUUUAGCAUUGUCCUGUUAAUUGUUUUUGUAUGUCUAUUUCCUUUUAAUCCUUCGUGGCAACAUGACUAAUUGCAAAUCUAUUCUACAUCUAUUACCUAGCUGAGAGCCAAGCCUUAACCUCUACACAAAUUCCAAUAUAUACAUAUAUAAUUGUAUAUACUCCCAAACAUCCACAAACAUUUCACUUCCCAGGUACCUUUUUCAUUACAUUGUCCGCUACUUUACAAAUACAUGGUGAAUGUUUCUGCAUAGUGAAAAAGUGAUAAAUGCAUUCUAAUGUAUUGUCCUUGUUGGAAACAAAUGCAAUCUGCUUUUCUAAUUUGCGCCAGCCAUGGUUUCCUUUCAAAGCAAAUCAUGAAAUUAAAUAAAAAAAAAUAUAUAUAUAUUGGAAGACCAUCGCUGUUUAUUUUGCAGCUAAUUAAAUGACGAUGAAAGACUUUUAUUUUGUUUUUAUAUUUGCUGAUUUUAAUGGACCCCCCACAAAGUCUUGCCUUUUUGCCAAUAAAUGCUAUACAUCACA